AUGGAUCUGAUACCAUCAAAAUCAACCUCGUCAACCUCAACCGCUCUCACAAAACGCGCAAAUGAAACUGCUUUGAUGCCACCACCCCCAAAACGAAUUAAACGACCAAAGAAUGUCAUUGACGAGGAUUCGUACACCGAUGCCAUCUCAGAAAUCAUUGCUCGAGAUUUCUUUCCAGGGCUACUCGAAACGGAAACGAAACAAGAAUACUUGGAUGCACUCGACUCAAAAGAUGUAGCUUGGAUCACAAGUGCUGAACGUAGGCUUAGACAUGUUAUGACUCCGGGAAGACGUAUUGGAAAACGUGGUACAUCUAUUCAAACACCAUCUCGAGCUUCAGAAACGCCUGGCGGAUUCGCUGGAGAUACGCCAAUGUCAGUCGCUUCAGACGCAACUCAGGCGCCCCAAGUAGAAGUCGAUACAAACAUGAGCCUCACCAAAUUUCAAUCAUUAUAUACCAGCGAAGAUAACGAAAGUUUUUACAAGUUACUAGACAAGCAGAACCAGAAACGAGCUGAAAAAUAUGCUUGGAUGUGGACCGGGAAUAAAGUGGCAUCUAAUAUGAUGUUGAAGCAGAAAGAAGUUGAGACAAAGCUUCUGCAAUCAAGACAAUCUUUGGAAGACGAUGGCGGGAAAAGGAACAGACUUGCGAUUCAAGAUAUGAAGGAGAGACCAGCCCAACCCGACUCCUGGAAAUUCAAGCCAAACAAUGGAUUAAUGUUUCGACCUGAAAGCGUGGAAGAUUCAAUUGAGACCGUGGCACAGAGAGCACAAAACGAAUCGAGAGCUGCACCAAAAGGUGUCGCAUAUGCCAAUACAAGGUUGCCAGAGAUUACACUUCAAGAGGAAAAUAACAUACCGUCUUCCCCAUCAAUGUCUGCUGUAAGGGAUGCCAUAGCUGGAAAACGACGAAUUGCGGAUUCAGAGUCUGGAUAUGACGGAAGCGAAACUCCGCGUGUAAAUGGUUAUUCAUUCGUGGAUGAUGAACCGGAGGAAGAACCAUAUACACCUUCUCCUGUUAUCGAUCUUGGCCCAGGCGAUAAUACCAAAAACCCAUUCAUAAUAAAAGAGCAAAGCAAGCGGGAGGACCUACAUCACAGGAUGGUGGACAAAACAGCCAGAAGUAAACGUACAUCUGCAAAAAUUGGUAUGACUGGGAAGGUAGAGAUGACUCCUGUGCCCAAAUUUCCCAGUAGUCCUAGGGUGGGCUCCGGUGGUCUUACACCAGCUGCUGAACGCUUAUGGAGUCGUGUUGGUGGUUCAGGUAGGGGGACUAAUGAUACUUUCGGUGUUAGAACACCAGGCACUGUGAGAACAAAAUCUAACCUACGGGCGAGAUGGACUCCUUCAGGGAAGAGUUGA